CUGAAACGCCCCUCACUGUCGCAGAGGGCCUAUAUUCCCUGUUGGGAUCUACACUGACAUUAAGUCAGAGUUGCCUAGAAGACGAACGAGCGUGUGAGGGUCUUUUUUUCUUAGUAUGAUAAGGGUUUAUGAGAGGCAAAUUAUAUAGUAAAUAGUCCACAGUUUAAGAUUUGUUCACCAUAGUUUGGAGAAACUUUUCAUAUCUGGAGUGUCUCUGGAUUUGAAGCGCACAGCGAUACGGUCAAUUUCAUUCCCACGGCUUGGAAUAUUUUUCUGAACUGUUUCAUUAUUAUCGUAGACUAAAGGAGCUAGAAGAGGAAGGCGUGUGACGGAAUAGUGUGAAGAAUUCUCCGAGAGAGAACGUCAUGUUGGGUAACGAUGCGACCUACGCUGGGACCUAUGCUAUCAAAAAGCGGAAGAAGCCCGUACAAAAAAUCAAACCUCGUCCUGAAAAUGUUAAGACCAACCCCUCGAAGCGCCACAGGGAUCGGCUGAAUAGAGAGCUGGAUAAGCUGACCAGUCUGCUGCCCUUCUCAGAGGAUGUGUGCUCUCGCUUGGACAAGCUCUCAGUGCUGCGCCUCAGCGUGGCCUACAUCAAGGUCAAGAACUCCUUCAAUGCGACCGUGAAGAAUAACAGUCCAGCGUUUCCCGCUGGGAAUGGCCUCUGCACGAAUGGAGUGGAUGCAGUGAACCUCUCGGAGGGAGACCUCCUGCUCCAGGCACUAAAUGGCUUUGUGCUGGUUGUGACAUCAGAGGGGUAUGUUUUCUAUGUCUCCCCCACCGUUCAGGACUACCUGGGAUUCCAUCAGUCUGAUGUGCUUCAUCAGAGCGUGUUUGAGCUCAUCCACACAGAAGACAGGGCUAUGUUCCGUCGCCAACUUCACUUUGCCCUCAAUCCACAGCCUUUCAGCCAGGACCAAGGAGGAGACGACAUGCAAAACAGCAGCGACAUCACCCGGAACAUCAUGACCUAUGACCCCCAGCACAUCCCGCCCGAGAACUCAUCCUUCCUAGAGAGAUCGUUUGUGUGUCGCAUGCGAUGUCUCCUGGAUAACUCAUCCGGCUUCUUGGCUUUAAAUUUCCAGGGGAGGCUGAAGUACCUCCACGGACCGGGUCUAGAGUCUGGAAACGGAACCAGUAGCCAGCCCCAGCUGUCCCUGUUUGCUGUGGCCAAACCUGUGCAGCCCCCAACCAUCCUGGAGAUUCGCACCAAGACGCUCAUCUUUCAGACUAAACACAAGCUGGACUUCACCCCAAUGGCGAUAGACCCCAGGGGGAAGGUUGUUCUUGGUUAUACGGAGUUGGAGCUGUUCACGAAAGGGUCUGGGUAUCAGUUCAUCCAUGCCGCUGAUAUGAUGCACUGUGCCGACAAUCAUGUCAGAAUGAUGAAGACAGGAGAAAGUGGCCUUACAGUUUUCAGACUGCUAACCAAAGAGGAAACCUGGGUGUGGGUGCAAGCCAAUGCCAAGCUCAUAUACAAAGACGGGCGCCCUGACUUCAUCAUUUCCCGUCAGAGAGUCCUACUAAACGAGGAAGGUGAAGAGCAUGUGCGCCAGCGCAAGUUGCAGGUUCCCUUCAACUUCGCCUCAGGGGAGGCUGUCCUCUAUGACAACAGCCCAUCCAUCGAUGUCACAGAGAUCUGUGGCGAUGGCAAGGCAGCCAAGAUCAGGAAGGUCUUUGAAGAUAACGAGGUGAAUCCAGACUCCCUCCUGGGGUCUUUCUACAAGCAAAGCCGUACCGCCUACAUGCAGCCAGACAGUAUGUCUCAAUUCUCAUUGGAGAAGGUCUUCAUGGAAACCAGGGCCCUGGUCAACUUGCCCAGUAACUUUUGGCAAAGGGAGGCACCUGAGGCAGAUAAUGCCACGUUGGCAACCGUGUUGGAAGCCUUUGGGCGGAUGGCUGAUGACAGCGACCUGGGUGGUGCUUUGCAGCGGAUGGACACGGGCAAUUCCACGCAGAAUGACUGGGAGAAUGCCCUACUGAGGCUAGGAAAGACCAAAGAUGACAUUGGCAGUUCCAGGAGCCUUGAUGACAUUCUCACCAACGACAUCCUGUCUUACUUGGAAGAGACCCUAUUGAAGGAAAGCUCCAACUGCCAUCUCACUCAGCCUCAGAACUGUGCAGGACCAGACAACGGUAUACAGAUAUCAAAGUUCCCCAUGGGCCAGAGCGUGAACUGUGGUAGCAGCUGUGUUAAUGGUGCAGAGACAAACCUAAGAUCGGUUCAGCAAGCAUAUGGAGCAGUAGACAGAGAUAUCAAAGACAUGCAGAUUGACUUGCCUGGAAAUUAUUCCAUUCCCCACCUUCAGGAUCUACAGUUAGAUGAUAUAUUCCCCCAAUCUGGUGAGCUCCCAGAGCUUAGGGAUUCAAUCGGCUUACAACUAAAUGGAACAGCCACUUUCAGCCCAUGGGAGAAACCAUCCCAGGUGGGAAUAAGUAACGGAGUAGGUCUACAUUCCCCAGCAUCCACCUGCAAUUUUGCCAAGCCUAAUGGGUGGAGUUUGAGCUCCCAGAAUCAUCGCACUUCAUCCAACUGCAAUUUUCCCCCAACACCGGGUCAACCACAUGUUGGAAUUCCCAUUUCAAGUACAGAACACAGUUGUGAUCAGUCUCGUCACAUCUCACUCGACAGCAAAAGGAAUGUUACAAUAGAUCAAAGGAAUCCUUCUGGAAAGCUCUCGACCCCUGGGACUAACUUUACCACCCAGCAGGUGAAUAACAGAAACACUUAUGGAUCAAAUACCCAUCAGAAUGGCUGUAUUCCAAGUCAUGUCAGUGUGCCAUUUCAGAACCCAAUCUGCCUGUGGCCACAGAACGCUCCACACAAUGUCAGACUGAAUGGACUCUCAGCAGAGUGUCAAAGCCAAGUGCCUGUCCAAGCUGAACGGUGGGUUCCAAACUCUCAGAACUGCCAGACCCAAAACCAUUUAAAUUUGGUCAAUGAGAAGUACCACUCCGAGCCACCGGGCGGACUGAGCAGCGGUGAGCACUCGUCUCCCAGCAGCUGCAUGUUUGAGACACGCCCUCCACCUAGCGCAGGCCUGAGUCAGCCACUUCACGCAGGGCAGGCAGCCGCCAUGUCAUCACCCUGGAAGGCAGUGAAUCAGAACCAGAGCCCGCCACAGGGAUCCUGCUACUUUCAGUGGCUCCCCAGUAAGCCAGUCAUCGGCACAGCAUCCAUACCCCAGGAAAAUGCCUGUAUUAGUCCCCCAGCCUGCCAAGACACACCGGGGCUAUUGGCCUCUGAUAUGAUCCUUCAGCAGUACCGUAACAGCAGUGGACAGACACAGAUCCAGUGCCAUCCGACUGAAGACAAUGAGUCCCCUCCCUUACCUCCCCUUGUCAAUGGGACUGUCUACUUUUCCGAGACCGACCCAACGCACUGCUACAACUUCUAAAGAUGCCCUGGUUCGUCCCCUAAAAACAUUGGAAGAGGGUGAAAUGAAAUUUGGACAUUUGCGUGCAUUCCACCGAACACAUUGGGCAAAUCAACGCUAAUCUAUUACUGCAAUGAAGAGAAAGAAAGGGGCAAUUGUGGAUAGUCUUUAAAAUCACAACAGAUAAUUAUUUAUUUUCUACCGUCUUACUUGUGGAGAUUCCCCCCCACACUGAUUGUUCAGUGUUUUUUGUAUCUUUGAAUGAAAUUGAAAAUACACAUAUAUUUUGUAAAACAAAGUAAUGAAGAACUGAAAGUUUUGUGUUAGAUUAUGUUGCAUUCAGGUAAAUGCAGAUAAAGUUAUUCCUUGCCGAGCCUCUACUGAGGCACACAGAAUUGUGAAACAAGCCAUGUUUUACUCUGCACUUGAGCAGUCAGCAUACAGUAUAGUAUGUACACGUGCCUCAGAAAUCUUUCUUGUGUGUGUGUGUGUGUGUGUGUGUGUGUGUGUGUGUGUGUGUGUGUGAAUGUAUGUGUGUGUG